GACGAUUUGGUCGCUUUUGAUUUACGCUGAAUCUUUUCACCUGGAAACAGCUGCGAGCACGGACACACUUCAGUCUUCAACACGUACCUCAUGUCUUCAUAUUUGGUAACCGGAGCUUCGAGGGGGCUUGGAUUUGAAUUCCUUCGGCAGUUAUCCGCCGACGCAAACAACAUCGUCAUUGGGGUUGUCCGAAAUGCCGAGGCUACCAAGCAGAAGUUGGACGCCGAGCUGCAGCGAAAGAACAUUCACGUCCUACAAGCUGACCUUGAUGACUUCGAUGCAAUAAAGACAGCCGUGAAUGCUGCAUCGGAAAUCACUGGUGGAAGCAUCGACUGUGUCAUUGCAAACGCGGCUUUCAUCUCAACCUGGUCAUCUUAUGAUGGCAUCAGCGUUCUGGGAGAGAAACCGAAGCGGCUAGAACAGGACUUAGUCGACUCGUUCCGUACGAACGUCGUCGGCAAUGUUCAUCUCUUCAAUCUCGCACUACCACUCGUCCUGAGAGGUCAUGCGAAGAAAGUGGUCACAGUCUCAUCCGGCAUGGCUGACUUGGACUUCAUAUCCAAGUCCGGCAUCGAGGUCGGAGCCCCUUACUCAAUCAGCAAAGCAGCUCUGAAUACAGCUGUGGCUAAAUUCAGUGCGGAACACUCCCAUCAAGGCGUUCUAUUCUUCAGCAUUUCGCCCGGAGUGAUCGACACGGGGCUGUAUGACAAUGCUACAGAGGAAGAAAAGCAGAAGGGAAUGGCCAUGCUUGGCAAGAUGGCGACGUACGCACCACAUUUCGCCGGCCCGACUACCGCAGAGUCUUCGGUGAAGGACAUGCUGUCAGUCAUCUACAAAGCCAGCGUCGAGGCUGGAUUUGGAGGAUCAUUCGUAUCUCACCACGGAAACAAAGAAUGGAUUUGAGGAAGACACAAGGCAGCCGUACCUCGGCGAGGCCGUUCGAACGGAUACCUGCGGUUCAUCAUACGGAAUCUAUAAGCUAUCACUUUGCAGCCGCCUCGCAGAAACGUUUGUGGAAGACUGCUUUGCCCGGCUACUCCUACGUGCCUUCGAGUUCGGUGAGCAAUCCGAAGUAUGAGUCUGCCGUGCGGUAUCUAGCAACCUUCGCACGUUUCACAGUUCUAUCUAGUUUAAAUUCAAGACAGCUC